GGGUUACAGGUGUGAGCCACUGCUCCUGGCCAAAACUUUUUACAUUUAAUGUGAUUACUGAUAUGGUUGGGUUUAAAUCUACCAUUUAUUGUAUUUAUUUUCUAUUUUUUCAUCCUUCUUUUGCUCUGUUUUUCUUCUUUUUCUGCCUUCUUUUGGGUUGGGAAAUUUAAAUGUUUCCAUGUUAUCUCCUCUGCUGGCUUAUUAAACACAACUCUUUGUUUUGUUAAUUUAUGGUUGCUUUUGUAUUUAUAGGAUAGCUCUUUAACUUAUUACAACCUAUUAAAAGAAGGCAGAAAAAGAAGAAAAACAAAGGAAAGAACGGAUGAAAAAAUAGAAAACAAAUACAGUAAAUAAUAGAUUUAAACCCAACCAUAUCAAUAAUCACAUUAAAUGUAAACAGUUUAAACACUCCAAUUAAAAAAACAGAGGUUGUCAGAUUGGAUCUGCAAGUGAUAGUAUGCCACUGUACAUACAGAAAGAACUUUAGAACAGUAAAACUCUAUUUCUCCCUUCUUAGUUUUUGUGCUAUUGUUGUUAUACAUUGUUAUUAUUUGUUGAAAGUCAGUUUUCUCUUAAAUGGUUUAAAUAGUAAGAAACAUUUUCAUUUAUUUUCCCAUGUUGUUAUUAUAGCCAGUGCCCUUCCUUCCUUUGUGCAGAUCCAUGUUUCUAUAUGGAAUCAUUUCCCUUCUGCCUGAAAGACUUUUUUUAGUAAUGCAGAAGUGCUGAUGAAUUCAUUCUUAUAUCUUUUGUAUGUGUGUGGGGGGAAAGGGCUUUGUUUUUUUAAAGUUUGUUUGUUUGUUUUUUCCUGGGCAUAGAAUUCUAAGUUGACAGUUUAAAGAUAUUGUUCCAUCAUCUUCUAGUUUACAUUAUUUUCAGUGCAAAAUCUGCUGCCAUCCUUAUUUUGUUUCUCUGAACGUAAUGCAUCUUUUUGACAUCUGGCUGCUUUAAAGAUUUUUUUCCGUAUCAUUGAUUUUGGACAAUUUGAUGAUAAUGUACUUUAGUGUCAUUUUCUUCAUGUUUCUUGUGCUUGGAGUUUGGAGAGUUUCUUGCACUUGUGGAUUUAUAGUUUGCAUCACUUUUGGAAUUUUUCUGCUAUUAUUUCUUUGGAGAUAUAUAUACACACACAUAUGUCUAUAUAUGGAUAUAUAUAUAUCUCCAUCAACUCAGGGAGUCCAUUGAGCCCUGACUGAGUUUCCUGCUCCAUGGCCUGGAAACUGUCCACUGGCAGUAAACUGGAGCACCUGUAUGUCUCACCUUGCUAAUUUUCCAUCUCUCAAGGGUCACUGUCCUUCAUGUAUAUAUAUGGAUAUUUAUAUAUGUAUGUAUAUGUGUGUGUGUGUAUAUAUAUAUUUAUAGUUCUGUCUUCUCUCUCCUCUUCUUUUGUCACUAAUACACAUAUAUUAGGUCACCUGAAGUUGUCUCACUGCUCACUGAUGCUCUCUUCUCUUUUUUUUUUGGUCUUUGUUUUUGUUUGUGUUGUAUUUGGAUAGUUGUUAUUGAUAUGCCUUCAAGUUAACAAGGUUUUCUUCUGAAUAUCUAAUCUGCUAUUAAUAAUGGCACCACCCAGUGUACUUAUGAUACUAGAUAUUAUAGUUUUCAUCUCUAGAAGCUAAUUUAGAUCUUUUACAUAAAACAUAUCUCUUCCAUUCUCUUCUUAAGAUGUUCAUUGCUUCCUGUAGCUUUUUGAACAUAUGGAAUAUGGUUAUAACAACUGUUUUAAUGUCCUCACUUAUUAAUUAUGAAUAUGUCAAUUCUGGAUUGCUUUUGAUUGAUUGCCUUUUCUCCUCAUAUGGUUCAUAUUUUCCUGCUGCUUUACAUGCCUGAUGAUUCUUGGUUGGAUGCCAAACAUUGUGAAUUUUACUGUGGUGUACGCUAGAUAUUUUUAUAUUCCCAUAAAUAUUCUUGUGCUUUGUUCUGGGAUGCGGUUCAGAUGCUUGAGAACAGUUUGAUUUUUGUAAGUACUGUUUUUAAGAUUUGUUAGGCAGGAUCAAGCCAUAUUUAAUCUAAGAGUAAUUAUUCCCCAUCACUAAGGCAAUGCCGUUCUGAGUAUUCUACCUACUCAGUGCCCCAUAAAUGAUGAGAUUUUCAAAAUGGCUGAGGGAAACAGGCACUAUUUCUGGUCCUGUACGGGUGCCAGGCACUGUUUCCUGCAAUUUUUUGGGUGAUUCCUUCCCUACCUCAGGCAGCUUCUGCACAAACAUGCACUGUUGAAUGUUUGAGUGGUCCCUCUCUCAAAGCCCAGGGUUCUCUCUCUGGGCAGCUGUCUUCUCUCCGUACUCUGUCCUAUGGUCUCCAGCUGCCUCACUCUCCCUAGACUCAUUUCCAUUCUUCAACUCAGGGAGUCUAUUGAGCCCUGCCUGAGUUUCCUGCUCCAUGGCCUGGAAACUUUCCACUGGCAGUAAACUGGAGCACCUGUAUGGCUCACCUUGCUAAUUCCCCAUCUCUCAAGGGUCACUGUCCUUCAUUGUCUGAUGUACAGUGUCUUGAAAAUCAUUUUCAAGUAUUUUAUCUGGUUUUCAGUUGUUUCAGUUGGGAGAGUAAAUCUAGUCCCUAUUACUCCAUUUUGGCUGGAAGUGGAAUUUUCUUAAGCCUGUGUUUUUAACAGCUAUAUUUCCACCCUUCUUCCUUUUCUCCAAUUGUGGAGAAAAGGAAUGUUAACACUUGAAUCUAAAUCUAGACCAUCACCCCUACCUCCCAGCUAUGGACCCUGGUCCAUCCGGCACUUCUCUUUCUCCCUGUCUCCUAAAUGCCACAAAAUGUGAGUAACAUACAUACAUACUCUACAGGUCAAGUGAGCCUGGGGAACAACAGUGAGAAAGCCAAAUCAUGCAUGGACCAGCCUAACUCCUUUCCAUCCUGCCAUUGCCGCUUGGAGUUCUUCCAGCUGCCCAUGAUGGGAGGAGCUUUCAUGGACUCGCCCAACGAGGACUUCAGCACCGAGUACUCCCUGUUUAACUCCUCUGCCAAUGUCCACGCAGCUGCCAACGGCCAGGGCCAGCCGGAAGAUCCUCCUCGGUCCUCCAACGACGCCGUCUUGCUAUGGAUUGCCAUCAUAGCCACGCUGGGGAACAUCGUGGUGGUGGGUGUGGUGUACGCCUUCACCUUCUGAGGACGGCGCACCCUCCACCACCAUGGGGUGAGGCUUGGCACGUAGCUCUGAUUUGCUGUUGGCCUUUGGCUGCUCUCAUGUUCUAGAACCAGGAGUUUUGACCAGAGGCAGCAGCCAUCCUUCUGGAAUUUCCCCCCAGCAGCCCUGAUUUCAAAUAUCCCACGUUGUGGUCAAGCUGAGUCAGAAGACAUGGAAGUAUGGGCCUCCCACCCCUACAGGCAUGAUGGGGCAAGGCCUUCAGAGGGCAGAUUGGGGAUCCUUGAAACUACAUUCCAGGAACAGGAGACUAGAUGGAACAGCUAGUUAGGUUUAAAACAUAGGCACGGUUUGAUGGUCGCUUGCUGGUGGUAAAUAAUCACUCGUGUGUUUUGUUUUUAUGCAAACUUAUCGAACCUAGGGUGUGGGGUGCUGGGGCAGGAGCAACCCUCAGGACUUCAGUGUUCCUGACCCAAUUCUGGUUUAACAUUCAGUCCCUUGGCCAUCUAGUAGGGCCAUUGGAUGUUCCUAAUUUGACUUUGAAAUGGCACCUUUGUCACCAGACACCCGGUCCCUUCCAAGACCCAAGUGCAUCUGGAGACCCAGGGAUGGGGGUUACUGGUAAUAGGGUGGGGUUUCUGGGAGUGUUGUUAGUGGUUUUUAUCUCCUGGCCGGACUUUCUCUUCUUUUUAAGAAGAGGAGGGGAGAGGAUGGGAGAGGAUGUCUUUAAGAGCUAGAUCUGCCAGGCAGUGGACUCUUCAGGCCACCCACAUGAGGAUGCUCUUUCUUCUCUGAGGAAUCGUGGAAUUUUAAAGAUGAACAAGAUUCAUGUCCACUGAAUUAUUCAAUGCAUGGGUCAGAGAGGGGGGUGAUUUGCCUGUGGUCACCAGGCACGUUCGUGGAGGAGUCGGGAGAGGAAGAUGUGUCCUUUCUGUUUCAGCUCACUGCUCUCUCUCACUGCUCAGCUCACUGCUCUCUCUGCCCCAACUAAGCACUUCCCUGAGGAGGUUGCUGAGAAGCCGCCCUGGGGAGAAUGUCCAGGCAUCUUGAAGGUGGAUGCCAGAUUGGCAGGCUGCUCAGUCACCCGUCCUUUACACUCAGUGUGGAUACCGUGCAUUCUCCUGCAGCGUGAAAGUGCUUCUGCCCAAGCCACUUCCUUAAAUUCUCAAAAAUCAGCAUCUGGGGUCCUGGCAAACAAGGAAGCUUCCAAGUAAAAACCAGAAAGAAGGGCAGACUUUUCUUUCUUCCUUAGGAAAUCUUAUUGCACAGGACCGACCCCCAACCCCACACCUUCCCAAGGCAGCCUCCCUGUGCAGAUAGAGUGGCAAAGGUCCCAGAAGGGGGCUCACCUCUAGGCCCAGAGAGGCUUUCUCCUCACUUUGUACACUGCAAAAAAAAAAAAAAAAAAAAGAA